AAUUUUCAAAUGUCAACACAUUUUUGGGCCAAACAUUGAAAUACAAAUGUUUUGACAAUCAGUUCAUUAAAUGUCAAAUUGUAUGACAUAUUUGUCGUUGAGGUCGACAUACUGUUACUGACAUUACAUAUGAGCCAUAAAUGGACACCAGUGGUCACCGAUUAUUACGAUCCGAUUCGAGUGGCCAGCAUUGAUGGCACCGACACUGUACCGCAUGACCGGGCGGUGAUCAGAGCCGUCAAUAGCCGACACAAUGCGGACAAAUCGAUUAAAAGCGAUUCCCAACGAACCAUAUUUGUGGCCAGACUUGACCACAACACCGAUGAGGACACCGUUCGUAAGUACUUUUCACAAUACGGUACAAUCGUUAGUCUCCGUUUGGUCAGAGAUAUAGUGACCGGACUAUCCAAAGGUUACGCAUUUGUUGAGUUCAAACACAGAAGUACAGCACAAGAGGUGUACCGAAAGGCCAACAAUGAGCUGAUUGAUGGCCGACGGAUAUUAGUGGACUUUGAGGUCGGCCGUACUCUCAAUGGAUGGAAACCGAGGCGUUUAGGCGGCGGUUUUGGUGGCCGUAAAGAAGCCGGACAGUUGAGGUUUGGCUGUCGGGACCGGCCGUGGAGACAGCCUAUCAAAUUGAGACACGAGUCGACCGAUUCCCGUGAAUCAACUUCUGGCAAACGUUUUAAGUCAAAACACAAGUGA